UCAUCAUCCCAUUAAUCAACCUCAAGUUUUCUACUUAGCUGAAGCAAAAGCAAAAGCAAAGAGAGAGAAACAACAAACAUUGAAUUGAAGAGGAGAAUUAGCAGAACAAAUCAUUAUUUGGUUUGAGCAAGGUUGUGUUGUGCUGCAGUUUCUUGUGUAAAAUAUGGAUGAGACGAUGAAACAAUUCCAAACAACGUUGACAGAAGUGGAAGUGGAAGCUGAACAUCUUCUUUUAGCCCGACAUCAGCUGGUUGAGAAUGAUAAAUUGAGAAAUGGGAACAGAGAAGCACUUACCGUAUUAAGGAAAAAGGCUCGGACAACAAAGAGUAGUGUUCCAUCUCCUUUUGAAUCAAUAAUGAAGGGAGUUGCAGGGACCAACUCAAGACCUUUGGUGCAAGAGGUGUGUACCACCUGCGGCAACCAUGACUCUUCUGAACAGACGUGGAUGAUGUUUCCAGGAACUGAUCUUUUUGCCAGAAUUCCAUUUCAUGCUGUUCAUACUAUAUUGGAAACAGAUCAAGCACAGCUUGACUUUGAGGCGAAGAAACUUCAGAGCACCGUGAAAGAAAAAACUUACCUUAUUUCGGAGACAGGUGUUCUUGCUGACAAGAUAAGUCCAGGAGUGCUCAAAUCACUUGUAGCCUUAACUGACAAAGCAAAGUAAUAUACUUUGAGCUGACUAUAGUGUUGCAGUACUUGUUGGAAGAAGCUCUCUUGAGUCUGUUGCUGUAAUUGUGUAAGCAAUGGUUUUUUGCCUUCUUUCAAUCAAGUGUUUUUUUCUAUGAAUUUUCUGGGCCAGAAUCUAUAGUCUUUGUGAUCCAUAUUACUAAAUCCAAGCUGUUCCCCAACUUCCAACCAAGUAAUGCAUUUAGAACCUUGACCAAUUUGGAAAAAAAAAAACCUUGACAAAAACAAAAUGCAUUUAGAACUGAUGAAUGAGAAUGAUUUUCAUGCUUAGAGGUAGUAUGCAAUUAUCGCCUAGUUCAUGCAAAAUUAAUAAUAAUGGGUGUUGAAUUCAGCUUGCUUAGUUGUUUAAGUGUGUAUGGAAAAAUUUCUAAUGGCCAUGAUCAGCUUGGACGGUGUGAUCUUCAGCUACUUCAUGUCUUAUACUUUCACAUUUCUUAUGUGUUACCUUUUGGUGAAAGAUAUUUACAUGACCUAA